GUUUCAUUCGUCGUGUAUGCCUGUACUCGGAUCGAUAUCAUCCACGCAUUCACCGGCACGACGGAGCACACACAACGGGGCUGUGCUUGGUCAUAUCGGUGAGUGCUGCAAAGUCAUCGAUCUGAGUCACGGAUACCCACGCACAUCACACUCAUCCAUCAUCGACAGACACCAUUCAUUCAUUGACUGGACCCAGUUCGUCAACAUGUCCGAUGGAUAGAUAAAUGACACGGAAUCGCAUCGCAUGUCUCUCUCUCACACACACUCACACACACACUGCACUCUUACCUACCUACGGUGCGGUGCCUGCCUACACAAACAAUGCGGACACUGCCUGCCUGCCUGAUGAAAUCACGCAGCCUGAUGAAAUCACGCACGCACAUGACAUCAAUGGAUAAAAUGAUAGACGGAGCUGAGCUACUUACAGAAACACAUACAGACAUACAUAACACAAAAGAGCCCUACCUACCGUUCUUACCGAUCCACACAGCUAGCUGGCCAGCCGCUUGCAAACAACACAACAGCGCCGUUCUUGACACGAAUCAUAUCAUGCACUCUCGUCUUUCGCGUCUCUCCCCACCCCCUCUGCGCCUUUGCCUGGGGUGCCAGCCGACAAACUCUGGUGGCUCUGCAUCAGCAGAGGCGGUAUCUCGCCCUCCCCCCACCCCUCCCACCCCCGCAACCGACCGAACAUCUGCAGUCGUCUUCUCAUGCGGUGCUUGGGCAGCCGCUUCAUCGAGUACAGCCCCGUGUAGACCUCCUCCACCGACAGAUGGAAUGCCGCACUACCACCAGGUGUAGUUGGAGUUGGUGCGUAGCCGUCGCCCCUCUCCCUCCCUCCCUCUCUGUCUCCUCCAAGGGACUCCAAUUGGGACGGGCUCAUGACAAGUGGGGGACCACCCCGCCCAGCAGCACCACCAGAAGCAGCAGCACCAGGCACCGACUUGGCCUCUGUCGGCACGACCGAGUCGCCUUCCAUCACCAUGGCCAGCGUCGUCGCAUUGGAUGGGGUGGCGUGAGCAGGGUGGGCAGGGAGGGCACUCAUGGAUCUGCGUGGGAUGGGGGUGAAGGACAGCGACGGCUGGGGGGUAAGCUCGGGUGGAGAGGGGGCAGGAGUUGGAGGGCGUGAGGGGCCGUCGCUUGGUGUGGGAGAUGGUGGUUGUGGCUGUGGCUGUGGUGCGUCUGGCGGCCUGAGCUCCGCGGGCAGGACGUCGGUGAUGGAUCUGGGGAACCGGAACGUCAGCAUGGCCAUCACCUCCAGCUCGUCCUCACGCCUCUCCUGCAAAGAGAGGGACAAGCCAACCAACACGCACAUCCAUGCAGCACACCCCCCUCCCCGCUGGUCGGUCACUCACUGACCUCCUCUUCUCGGUCGAAGGGAUCUUUGAAUGUCAGCCCCGACGCACGAGAAUAGAAGAGGCUCGUCUUGCGUGAGGCCGUCAUCAUCUGGCCGUCAUCCGCCAUGUCCGUCGUGUCCACCACCACAGCCGACGGCCCCCCGCGCGAAUGCAGCGAGCCGCCCCGCCUGAACAGCGGUUUGAGUCCAAGGGAUUCCAGCUGCCCGGUGCGCUUCCACACGAGUAUCUGCCGAAAGCAGAAUUCCAUCCAGUCGAAGGGCAAAGACUCCAGCAGAAGGGUGUUCACGAAAUAGUCCAGCAUCUCGCACAGCAGAAGGGUGAAAAAGCGCCGCUCCUGCGCGCCAUCGACCUUGACUGCGGCUGUGGAUCUGCCGGUCUCCCUCUCCUCAUUUGCUGCUCGUCGGUGGCGCAGGAAGAAGUUCCUGAUCCAGCCCCAGAUAGAUCUUGCAUCUGGGUUGGCGGGGUCUCGGUCUCUCCUCCUCUGCACGACGGUGAAGGUCCGCUGGAUGAAGUCGAUGUUGACGCGUGGCGCCCUGGAUCGCUUCUUCUGCCGUGCUUCAUUGCCGCAGAGCCUCGUCCACAGGGGGUGGGGCGUCUCCUUGUUGCUGCUCUUCUUAGUCUUUUUGCUGCUGAGUGGCGACACGAGCUUCCUUGUCCAAAUCCGGAGGGUCUCGGACGAGAAGAGGAAGAUGCCGAGGACGUAGACGAUGAAGCCCACACAUCCCGCGAAGAUGAGGAAGCCCAGGAAGCGGCUGAAGACCUCAUCAGGACCGGCAAGGAUGACGACGGAGAGCAUGAGCACCGACAUGAGCCACACGAACAAAGCGAAGGUCUCGACGUGAUGCAGACGCUCUGCAGACAACAAACAGCAGGCUGUCAGUUGCGCUCUGUGUGUGUGGGGGGGGAGGUUCUUACUCACCGAAUUUGGCUGAGUCAUACGGCUUGUUGUAGAGGUGCAGGGUGAGCGCAAAGGCGGCCACAAGCGCAUAGAAGCCCAGUCGGGGUGCGACCCCGUCAGCCGAUGGGCUGAUGGCCAUCACCAGCAGGACGCAGAACUUGCGGACGACGAUCACCGUUUCCCAGUACCACCUUGAGGGCUUGUACUCCUUAUACAGGAAGCCGAAGGGCCGUCUGACGUCCUGGUUGUUGAGGUGGUCCACCUGUCUGCCCACCAGGAUGAAGGCGAUGAGCGGCGUGCCCACGCCCCAGACCAGCAGCCCCACGCCGCCGAUCCACGCCGCCGAGGCGUGAACACCCUGGGGACACACACACACACACACACACACGUACAGCAGGGAGGCAGGGAUGCGGUGUGUGUGUGUGUGUGGGAGGGGACGGACCUUGUAGCACUGUGCGUUGAGGUGUGCGGCGAGGUGGAGCUCUCGCCGGAUGGACUGCACCUCAAAGGGGCUGGCGAGGGCUGCGUCGCCCUCAGGGGAGUAGGGCACAUCCAGCCAACGACAAUUGAAGGGGCGCAGCAUCUGUCAGUCAUGUCAGCCAACAAUCCAGCCGCCAACAGGGAGGGAGGGCAAUCAAUAAGCACACCGCACACGUCAGGAAGGAUCCACUGCACUGCCUUGGUGCUUGCCUGUGUGACGACGAUUGGGUAGAUGAGAAACAAGGCGAUGAUGAGCACUGGAGUCGUGUCCUUCAGGAAGUCCUUCAGCCGCUCCCCACACCCUUUGACAGCCGUCUCCUUCACGCCGCUGGUCUCAUCCACCACAUCCAAUGAAGGCUGCAGAUGGUAGAUCCGCCAUAUCCCCAACAGCCGCUGGCCCCCACCCCCAGCACCAGAAGGGUUCACAUGCGACUUGAAGCUCAGCUUGAAGCUGUUGUUCUCUGACACAGUGCUCGACGUGUUGUAGGCUGGCAGAUGAUGCUCGUGGUCAGGGGGCGAGGUGCUCUUGUGGUGGUGGUGGAGGUGGUGGGUGCUGCGACGAAGAGACUUGAGCAGCGACCUGGGUAUGCUCAGCCAAUGGGAGGUGCCCGAGGGAGUCUGUGGCCUGCUGGCGGGGCGAGAGGGCGAGGACGGGCGUGUGGCCAGGGUGGCGAUAGAGCAGAUGAGGAAGCUGAUGAAGAUGACGCAGAAGGCGAUCAGGAAGGGCGAGAAGAACCAUCCCAAUGUCACCCAGUGGAAGAUCUUGUCAAGAGUGUUGCCCGUCAUACCUGCACACAGCACACCAGACACACACACAUCAUCCACACCUCUCUCUCUCUCUCUCUUCGACAAGCGUGUCCGUCCGGACUGCCUCACACUCACUUUGGGCAAGGCAGUCGACACUAAGGAAGGACACCGGCAGCACCGUGCCCCACGACACGGCCCUCAGCCCACUGGACACCCAUCCAUCCAGCCUAGCCUCGUCAGGGGUCACAUUGGACAGCGGAAACACACACGCCGACCAGUUGACCAGGAUCUUGAGCGCCGUGGUGCCCACAUCGAAUGGCGCUAGGCCCCGCCUGAACUGGAGUGCCGCCCAGAUGAUGAUCAAGAAGGAGAAGAGCAGCAGACAGCCGCCUAUCAUCCAGAGGUUGUUGGCGAGAGAGGGGCACACGUGGCAGAAUGCGGCACUGUCCUGACUCCAGUACCCUACAAGACACCCACACAGAUGGAUGGAUGGAUGGAUGACAAUCGCGCCACCCCCGCCCCCGGCUGGCUUGUUUGUGGUGCCCGGGCCCGGGUUGGCUUACCUGGCCUGCAGGUCCCACAGUAUAGCCCCUCCAGCCCCGCUGCACACUGAUUCCGCCCAAGACACCCACGCGGCGACACACGACACUUCUCGAUGUUAAGUGUGUGCCCAAGACGAUAGUAGCCAGGAGCCGCCUCGGGCAGCCCACCGAGGGUGAGGUACAGCGAGGACGACUGCAGCGUGCCGCCAGGGGGAAGGACGUUGGCGAUAGUGGGUUGCUGCCGGCUGUUGCGGCCAUUAUUGGUGUGCCAGCGGACGGUCCAGCGGUCGUAUGGGGCGGGGACGACUGGGUGGUAGAGGGAAUGUCUCUCAUGCUCAUGUCCACUCGUGCUGCUUUCGUUGGCAUGUGUCAGCUCCUGCAGACACGCACACACACAUGGACUGACUGCAGCUGGCCGGAGCCGUCUGUCUGUCUGUCUGUCUGUCUCACGUGGAAUAGUGUCAAGAGGUCCGAUCCGUCCAGUUCCUUGGCGUUAGCCUCAAACCGGAAAAAGACCGCCGAUCCGCUCUCCCCCUCCCCCCUAAAGCCAUCCCCCAUGUGUCUGUGCUGCCGUAGGACAUCGAGCGCUGUCAGCGGAUGGUGGUCGUCAUAGUCAUCAUCAUAGCUAUCAUCCACAGCGCCAACACCGUCGGCAUACUCAUGCUCUCCGUCGACACCUCUCCGCAGCUGUCUCCUCCCUCUCGCACCCUCUCCCCCAUGUAGAUGAUGGAAUUCGGUCUCGAGCCAGUUGCUCCGAUGCACCGUCCCCAGCACCCGAUUCACACCCACCCCCAGAGCCCGGGCGGCCGAGGCCACCACAUCCUCCCACAGCCAGCUGUCGAGGGUGUCGUCGGUGACCAGCACCUGUCCGUCCCACCGCAGGACAGGGCCUGCCCACGAGGGGUCGCACACCUCGCCGGAAAGUUCGCGGCACUCGCGGCAUCGGACCGCGUCGAAAGACCGGUAUGUGAGAUUGCGAAGCGUGAACUCGUGCCUGUCAAACCGAGGAGAAGGAAGGCAUGUCGAUGAAAUGGGUGCGUGUAAGGGUGUGUGUGUGUGUGUGUAAGUGUACCUGCAGUAGCAUUCUCUGCCCGAUGUGGUGGCUGUGUGUUUGGUGGUCAUGUCGCUGGCCGGGCAGGGGAGGCAGUCGUGGAUGGAGCUGUCCCCGAAGCCCUCAUUGUAGGUGCCCUUAGGGCAGGCAGCGCACACACCGUCUGUCGCAUUCUCAAAGUAGAAGAAGUACCCUAGGGGAGCAUAACACACACACAACAUCCAAGACACCCAUACAGACAGACACAGACACAUUGGUUGGAGUUCUGUCAUGCCUUUCCUCUCUCUCUCUCUCUGCUCACCAGGCUGGCACUUGCAGGCCGUCACGGAGUCAGGCAGCGCAACGUCCUUGUAGAUGUCGACGUCAUCACCCUCCCCAGCCCCUACCCCUGCCGCUGUCCGCUGCUCGGCAAUGUCCGCCAGCCUGCUGGUGUCGACGUGAUGGAGAUUGUCGAGAGUCGUGGAAUAGGCAGGGCAUGCGCGGCAUUGUGUGGUGCCAAAAGGCAUGUCGUGGUGGGAGUAGGUGCCCGGUGGACAGAGCUUGCAGUCGUCACCGAGCCCAUAUGUGCCCGGGCGGCAUCGGCAGAGCUGUGUGGCGUUGUAAGCGGGGUCCAGACGGACCACUCUGAUAGAUACACACCACACACCGACAGACAGACAGGUGGGCUGGGCUUGCUUAAUUGUGACUUUGUCAGUCGGUCAAUUCUCAUUAUUCACCCACCUGUCUGGCGCACAGGCCUCUGUGCAUUCUGCCUUCCACCCCAUGGAGCUCCUGACCCGAAAGCCGUCCGCGUCCGCGUAGAGCAUCGGCACCCAUCCCUCUCCCGCCCUCUCCACCCCCAGGCCGUCCCAGUGAUCCCCGAACACCUCACAGUUCUGGUUCUCCCGCAGCUGCAUCACGGGGCCCUGUAACUCCUUGUUGCCCGUGACGUCCACAUAGAGCGAUUCGAACCAUUUUGGGGCGAUUUCGACGAGCUGGUUGUUGGCUAUGUCGAGAGUGGGAGGUGGGGGGCCCCCUGUGCGGGUGCCCGGCCAGCCAGUCAGGUGGGUGAUGUUGUUGGAGCUCAGCUCCAGACGCACCAGCUGCCGGAAGCCCUGGGCAGUGGAGCACCCAUCUGUGUCGUCCUCCAACAUUUCCCACGCCUCAAAGCCCACACGACCAUACAGCCCGGCAUUUCGGGCAACUGAAAGAAGCACAGCACACCAGGACGGACGAUAAAAUCCUCCCACAACAAAUCGGUCUGGUGUGCGUCCCCCACUCCCUCCCUCACCAAGUGCCGCGAGAUUCGGCGCCUUGGCGAUUGAUCUGAGGAAGGUUGACGCUGACAUAUUGAGGUUGUUGUGGGAAACUACGAGCCAGUUGAGACUCGGCCAAUCGACGCUGACGCCGCCCCUGGCCUCCUCAGACAGCACCUCUGGCGCCACACCACGGCAGGUCAGCCGGUUUGACGCGCCCCACAACGGCCAAGAUUGGAGCCUGUUGUUGGCCAGGCCCAUAUACACUGAAUCAACACAUCAAAGGCAGACACAGUGAACUGACCGACACAGUCUGUCUGCUAUUCGACUGGCUGAUGUCAUGUCUACCCAGGUUUGGGAGGUCUCGCCAGGAGAAGGGUAUCGAGCUGAAGAAAUUGUCUGCCAACUCGACGAGCUCAGCCGUCCUGGGCAAAGGCGGCGCCCUUCCUUCGAAGUAGUUGAAGUCUAGAUCAAUCCACUUGAGCCGAGGCAUCUCGCCGAACCACUCCGGAACUCGGCCCGCCAGCCGAUUGUCGCCCAGGUCCAGCGCCAUCAGGCUCGUCAUGUUGCGCCAAGACGGAGGAAUCGUACCUGCAUUCGCGACGAUGGAUGCAAGAGGCGGGCCGUCGGAGUGUUGUGGGUGUACCUCUUGCUGUCUGUGCGGUCGGUAUCACUCACUCACCAUAGAAGGAGCUCUCCCUCAUCACGAGGAAGCGAAGGUUGGUCAAAUUGCCGAUUGCAGAGGGCAGCGGAGCCCUGACAGACGCAGGCACAAUCACACACACAGAGCAUAGUCAGUCAACCGAUCACGCAUACAUAAAGUCGUGCUGGCUCACCUGAUCCGUGUCCUCUCAAAGGCCAGCCCGCGCAGCCGUGGAUAGCCCCCGAACACCUCUAGUGUGUCGGUGUUGUUGUCGACAUGCACAAGCUGAUCUGUCAGCCACACUACCCUCAGCUUCGACGACUCGGGUGCUUCCGGCACAGUAAGGGCGCCCUGCAGCGCCCCGCACUGCCGUACAAUGAGUCCCAAGAUGUGAGGCAGCACCAAAAUCCGUGAGGGGAACUCGGUCCACUCAGACGUCGCGUUGCACCCCGCUCUCUGAUCGACUAUCAGCAGGUAGCCCAGCUCCGCCCCCCUCUCUGUCUCAUUGACCUCAGUCCCCCUCUCCUCUCUCUCUUCCAAGGUAGUGCAGGCCAGCAGCCUCUCCCGCCUCAGCCCAUCACAAUACUCGGUCGCAUUGCCGGUCCACUCGCCGCCAAGUCCCGUGCCAUUGAACACUCCCGCUAGCUCCGCAGCGUCACUCUCGCACGCGUCGCACGGCUGGUCGAGGCCGGCCACACGAGUGUAAAGGCCCAGGAAGGACGGCGACAACAGACGGGGAGACUCAUGGUCGGCGAAGAAGCUCUUGAGCUUCAGGCGCUGGUCGGGGGCCCCCAGUGCAUCAUCAUCCUCGUCAGGUUCUGCAUCUGGUAGUACAUGUUGCCGCAGCUGCCGGCUGAGCGAACGACGCUCAGACGAAGACGGGGAGGGAACGCAUAAUGCCAGAUGGCCGAGUAUAACGAUGAAUAACGCAAUGCGGUGCAGCAUCGGUGUCAUCAUCACGAGCAUCAAAACAUGCCCGCGACGGCAACAGCUGGUGGCUCCAGAAAUGAAUUGGAUCACGCUGACCUUUCAAGCGAAUCUCUCCUGUCAUCCGCCGCUUCGGCUUUCACCCGAGUCAUGCUCCUCAGCAACUGGGCAGUGCUCAGAACUGCUCCC